GUUUUCUUCGCUGGCUCUGUUCUAUUUAUUUAAUUUUAAUUUCUGCCAGGAUUAUCCAAUUUGAAAUGUCUCAGCGAAAACGCAAAAUGAAAUACUAGCGCUACCUUUCGGACAGCGAGGACAGUAGCUCCGACAAGGAUCAGCCAUUGUCAAAAAGAGUCUGCAGCUGAGCGCAUACCGACCGCCUCAUCAGUUUAUAUCGAGUCCAUUCGGCUUAUGGAAAGCGCUUCCGACCACAAAACAUACCAUAUCGGCGGAGUCAAGGUUCAGUUACCCUUCACGCCCUAUCCGUCGCAGCUAAUAAUGAUGCAGCAUAUGAUCCGGGCACUGAACAAUUCGCAGAGCACCAUGAUUGAGAGCCCGACAGGUUUAGACAAGUCCCUGGCGCUCUUGUGUGCUGCGCUUGCGUGGAGGCGCGACUUUGGCACUAAGAGAAGAGUACAAAGGGCCAAGGUGCGCCACGUAGUUUUCAAGUAUGCACUGCAUGACUCCAUACUGCCCACUAAGGAAGAACCAGUGGUUGGUCUGGACCAGAAGAAGGAGAAGAAUAAGGACGGUGCUGGAGAGAAUGACGAUGAUGUACACGCUGGCCCUGCUGCCUUUUCUCUUGCUGUCACUGUUGCUGCCGCUUUUGCUUUUGCCUCCGUUUCUGUUGCCGAUGUUAAAUGUGAGGCGAAUGCCAUCCAUUUAAAUCCUGAUUUGCCUGCAGAGAGCACGCCUGUUGCUGCUGACAGUGUCGCCGAUUUGGGCUCCAAGGUCAAUGCUAACGUGGACAACCAUGCCAUUGACAUUACCGGGGUGAACUUGAUCUUGAACUUUGUUUCCGAUCCUUGCAUUAGCAGCUCUGUUGGUCUUGGCAAUACAUUAUUUUGCAUACCCGCCACACCAGUUAUCGCGUAGUUGACCAACACCAAAGUGCCCAUAAACCCGGUUUUGGGGCCCAAUACCAAUCUGGAAGAGUAUCUGUUAAAUCACCGCAUAUCUGUUGCCAUGGGCGAUUUGCCCAGGACUGUCGUCCAUAUUCUCAAGUUGGCCAGCAUCUACAAUCCGUCGUGGCUGGCACAAAAGGACAUCGCCACUCUCAAAUAAUUUCAGAAACACGGAUACGAUCUUGACCACCCCCCGCAGAUAUAUUUUGGCUCGCGGACGCACAAACAGGUGUCGCAGCUGGUCGACAAGCUGGGAAGGAAGACGCCUUACCGCCUGCGUACAGCUGUCUUGGGGAGCCGCACACAGACCUGU